AUGAACGAAGAAUGGAAUGUCGGUGAAGAGUUGUCGAACCUUCUCUUGUUGGAGGAGCCGAGCGCCUCUCAUCUGCCGUGCUUGGUGCGGUACCGCGCCUUCACGGACCCGGUAGAUAACAACGCUGCACGUGAGGCGGCGUGGCAAACAGCACUGCCCAAUAGUUUCUGUGUGCACAAGCGCCGCCGCCUUGAAGCGUUAGGCAACGAACGAGAAACGGUGGUGCGUCCGCUUCUGCGCGUCUUGCGCGACCCUAUUGAUGUGGCGCGCCGCCGGUUGGAAACUUUCCGCUGGUUUGAGAAGCCGCGUGGUGCGGAAGAGAUACAAGCGCGUUUUGCCCUCGACAGACGGCUUGGCGUCACACCAUGUCUGGCUGCUGUUCACCAAGCGCUCUUGCGCCUGAAGCAGCUACGACGCACAGAAGUGGUUGCGGACCUAGUGGAGGAUCUCAUGAUGGAUUCACCUGCACUCUCCAUUUGCACCCUCCUUCACAUUGUGGAGGGGCUCAAGGAGCAACCGGAGCGGGCCGCUCGUCUCGUUUUCACACUGGCACCCUUGGUUACAAACGGCGCAGUGCCGGCAAGUGUGUGGUCGUCACUGUGCUGCGAACUCGAUAAGGUAGCGCGUCAGCGACCGGCGCCACUGGAGCGGUCGCUGGUGGAGCUUUUCGGGCAGGUGCUGUACCGUGUCUCUGACGAUGGCCCGGUGAGUGGGUCAAUUGUUGUGUACUACGGACAGGCUCUGCUGAAGAGCCGCGCACCGUUGCGCAGCAUUGUAGGGUUCGUUCAGACAGAGCUGCUGAGCGGCCGCAACGCGCCGCCGAGCGACCCCGUGUCGGAGCUGCGGCUUGGAGCAUUCUUGAGCGACUUGAUCGAGGUUAUGUGCGGCCGACCCGGUGAGGUGGCGGAGCGGGAUAGUGGACCGCCACUAUCCACGAAGGAGCGACUGAUGUAUUGCGGUGACCUCGUGAAGCAUGCGUAUGCGGGGCGCUUGCAGCUGACGCAGGCCGCGUUUGAUGCAUUCCUGCACUUCUGUGACGAGGAACAGGACUACCAUCGCCUGUGCAUAAUCUUUCUUGCCAUGUGCAUGCUGUCCACGCCAACGUUGCUUGCAACCACACGUGUGGCAGAGGUGCUGUGUGACGUGGAGAUGCUAUCACUGUACCUCGCAGACCUAUUCCACCAGCCGUCGCCCUCCCUGCUACUGUACGUUCUCAUUCGCCACGGGGGCACCACCCUAUUUCCCCUCAAACGCAUCACCACCACCACCAACAACAACAACAACAACAACAAUUGUAAUAACAACACCAACGACCGCAAAAGAGACUCACUAGAAUUGCACCUCUGCGAGUGCCUUGCACGGUUGUGCGCGCGGGACGGUGACGCGUCUCUCUGCAUGAACACAUUCGCCGCGAUUGCGGACUUACGAGGUCCAGAAGGGGCACAUGCAUUUAUCUGUUCUCUGGCACUGGCAAUGCGACCCCCGCUGCAACUCUUCAGUAGCCACCCGUCGACGACAGGAUCGGUUGCGCUGGAGCCAUUCAAUCUUGAGGCACUAUACUACGCUCUGCGCCCCGCUGGAGUUCCUCUCGAUGCUUUCUGUGCCUCGCUGCAAACGCGACCGCUUGCGUCGCUCUUUACGUUGCGUGAUGGCGGUGAUACGACUGACACCAACAACAGCAAUGGUUGCGGCUGCACGGUGGAACGCGCCCUGUCAGGCCUGUUCGCAACACCUCAGGUUUAUGGCAUGGUCGUGGAUGGAAGUGCCGUGGGUUCUCUAGCUAAAAACGUAACCCUAGCAGAAGCGUUCGUAAAAAUGAUGAAUGAAUAUGCGGCAAAGACGGGAGCUGUCGUCCUUGUCCACUUCGAUGUGUACGCUGCGAAGCAGCUGACGAAUGACGCGCGGCAGAUGCUGUCUCUGUGGCUGAUGCAGCACAGCUGGUUUGUGCCACUCCCUUUUUCCCUUGCGGUGCGGCUGGUGACGACCACCGCCACCGGCUCGCACCAGCAGCAGCCACAACGAGAAAAACCGGGCGUUCAAUUGUUUCACGAGAUGCGCCGCAUGGGGCACACAAAGGUUGCGUUCAUCACGGCCGAGCCGCACAUCGCCGAGGAGGUGAAAGCGGAAGGCGUACACCCGGUCAUCACGCUUGCGGAGCUGAAGGUGCGUCUUGGUCUUCGCUAG